UCUAUUCACAAUAAACUCUGAUUAGAAAAAUGAAUAAAUUGGUGGGAUUACUUUCUUUUCUUUACUAAAAUAUCUUAGCUGUCUAAGCGAACUUUAGUCAAACAUCUUAGAACUGUGCCUUAUUUGGCUGUGGAUUGAGUUUUUAUUUUUAUUUUACUGACUCAAUUUGCUUCCAACUAUGUCUGUUUCUGACGGCGGUUACCAACGGCAUCGAUUAGAAAGGAGAAUGUCAGAGGUCAGAGCACACGCAGUUACCGAUGUGAUUAAGACCUGCAUCAAUCAAAAAAAUAAUGAUCUUCCAUUUUACGUUGCUGAUUUCUCCGACGUAGUCUACAAAUGCCGAUACUGGAAAAGCAAAUUACCGAGAGUGGAGCCCUUUUAUGCAGUGAAAUGCAACUCUGAUCCUCUGCUUCUCCAACUUUUAGUGUCUCUUGGAGUGCGCUUUGACUGCGCCAGCAAAGGUGAAAUUGAAGCUGUAUUGGCAGCAGGCGCAGAUCCAUCAGACAUUAUUUAUGCCCAUCCUUUCAAAUCAAACACGUUUCUCAGAUAUGCCUCUGCUGUUAAUGUCGAUCUGAUGACUUUCGACAGCGAGCACGAGCUCUUCAAAAUUAAAAGGGUCUAUCCACAUGCGAGAUUAAUAUUGCGAAUACAGAUACCUGAUGUCAAAGCGGCUUUUCCACUUAGUGAUAAAUUUGGUUGUGAGCUAAAACAGACAAAGAAAAUGCUUCUCCUGGCAUACAGCUUGAACAUGAAUGUGGUCGGAGUGAGCUUCCAUGUUGGAAGUCUUUGUGAACAACCAUACGCAUAUUCCAAAGCAAUCUCAAUGGCCAAAGAAGUAUUUGAGACAGCAGAAACUAUUGGAUAUCACUUCACAGUGCUGGACAUUGGAGGAGGAUAUCCAGGGUCUUCUGGUUCUCAAGAUAUGUUCGAUAAAAUGGCUUAUUAUAUCAACCAAAGUUUGGAAGACCAUUUUCCAAAAGGAUGUGGUGUCCGAAUCAUAGCAGAACCAGGAUGUUAUGUAGCUUGUUCCGCUUAUAACUUGAUCAUUAAAAUCUUAGGCAAAAAGAUUGUGAGAGAAAAUGAUUCUGCUGAUGACGAUAGCUACAAAUCAAAAACAAAAUAUUUGUACUACAUGAAUGAUGGUGUGUAUGGAUCAUUUGGUUAUGGUUUUGAAAAAUAUGGCUUUAGAAUGAAGCCUUUACUUAGUAAAUCUCAGAUUGCAAGCCGUCCUACCUCUUGCAGCAAACUAUGGGGAGUAUCAUGCUGCAGUUCCGAUUGCAUCAUUGACGACUGUCUCCUUCCUGAGAUGGAAGUUGGAGAAUAUAUUGUAUUUGACAACAUGGGAGCCUACACUCAGUGCCUCACAACAAACUUCAAUGGCUUUCCAACACCAAUCACACAUUACAUCUUCCCACCACAGCUGCAGAACAAUUCUGACUCACUGCCACCUUUUGACGAUUUCUGCCAAGAACUUGGAAGCUCUAAACUCAAAUCAUUCAUCAAGAUUCAACAUUACAUUUGCCACGAUGACUCAAACGACGAUCUCUUCCGAAAGGGAUGAAGAGGCUCAUUUUUCUGAACUAUAUUUUAUUUAACUAUUUUUUCUAGAAUAUUGCAUACCUGGUGGCGUGAACAGUAAUUCUCAAGACAAUAAAAAUAACUGCUCGGUCUGGGCACCGCUUUGCCAUUAGAAAUAUUGGAGUAGUAUGAGGAAAAAAGGGAUUGUCUGUUCAAGUGCUUUUAAGUUUAACUGCUUCAUCGUUUAUUGUAUAAAGUUUUAAUAAAAUCUGGUCGUUAUUUUA